GACUCCCUCUCCCUCUUCCUCUUCCUAUACCUUCCCCCGAUGGAGCUCCGGCCGUUUCAAAACCCCCCACGCACCCGGCGCCCCCCCUCCCCGCAGCCCCGAUCCCCACCCCGCGCCGCCUCGCGUCGGACCCCGCGGUUCUGAGUGUUCCUUCCUACUCGGGCUUGGCCCGGUCGGAUUCCUUUGGUCCCUGACGCGGGCGGGUGCGGUUCCUUGGCGCGGAUGUGAGGGGAAGGAAUGCAGAGGUCGCGGAGAGCCCUUCUGCGGAGGAGGGCGGAAGCAGCGGCGCAGGAGCAGAGCGCGGAAGUGGAGGCCGCCGCUAACGGGAUGAAGAGGCGGCUCUACGGCUUCUCCGCCUCGCUCGUUGUCUCGUCGUGGGUCGCGGUGCUCCUCCUCCACUCGCUCGUCGGACACGGCGAUGGUCAACGCGAUGGAGGAGCUUCUGCUAUUACUCUUGCUGUUGUCGAGCCUGCCUUGAGUGAAGGUUCUGUUAUCCCCGCUGGGCAUGGGGAGAAUUUGGUAGUGUCAGGUGACACUUGUGUUAAAUCUGAUGAAAACGUCGUGCUUUCAGAGGAGAUGGUGAUGCAGGAAGAUCAGUUGUGCUCCAAGGAUGAGGCACGGAGUGAGGACACGGAAGUUCCAACCAAGGAUAAUCAGGUUGAGCUUUCAGGAGGCCAGGGUGUGAGUCUUCCUCAGACAGAUGUUGAUUCUGGAGUUCAUCCAGGGGAGAAGGUGGAGAGUGAAGAUGUCCCAAGACCAGCAAGAUCAUCGUGGGUUGUCCCUCCUGGCCUCGAUGAAUUCAAGACGAGAGCAAUUGCCGAAAGGGGAACUGGUGUUUCUAGUCAAACUGGAAAUGUGAUCCACCGAAGGGAGCCCAGUGGGAAGUUGUAUAACUACGCCUCAGCAUCAAAAGGAGCUAAGGUCCUGGACUUCAAUAAGGAGGCUAAGGGUGCUUCCAACAUCUUAGACAAAGACAAAGACAAGUAUCUCCGCAAUCCUUGCUCAGCAGAGGAGAAAUUUGUCAUCAUAGAGCUUUCUGAAGAAACCUUAGUGGAUACCAUCGCAAUUGCAAAUUUUGAGCACUAUUCUUCUAAUCUGAAAGAAUUUGAAAUGCUGAGCAGUCUGACAUAUCCCACAGAAAACUGGGAAACACUUGGGAGAUUCACUGUCGCGAAUGUGAAACUUGCUCAGAAUUUGACUUUUCCUGAGCCAAAGUGGGCUAGAUAUCUGAAGCUGAAUUUUCUAAGCCAUUAUGGUUCUGAGUUCUACUGUACUCUCAGUAUGCUUGAAGUAUACGGAAUGGAUGCUGUUGAAAAGAUGUUGGAGAACUUGAUCCCAGUUGAGAAUAAAAAACCCAAACCUGAUGAUAAAAUGAAUGAGCCAGUUGAGCAAAUGCCUUUGAAGGAGCCUACUGGAGGAAAAGAAUCCUCACAGAAGUCCCUUGAUGAAGAUGAAUUUGAACUAGAUGAUAAAAUAAAUGGUGAUUCAUCAAAGAAUGGUGCUCAUGAUGAAAUUUCAGAGACAAGGACACUUCAGGCUGGCAGGAUUCCUGGAGACACAGUUCUUAAGGUGCUAAUGCAGAAAGUUCAAUCUCUUGAUGUGAGCUUCUCUGUCUUGGAGAGGUACCUAGAGGAGUUGAACAGCAGAUACGGGCAAAUCUUUAAGGAUUUUGAUGCUGAUAUUGAUAGCAAAGAUGUACUGUUAGAGAAGAUCAAAUUGGAGUUGAAGCAUCUUGAGAGCAGCAAAGAUAGCCUUGCGAAGGAAAUUGAAGGGAUCCUCUCAUGGAAGCUAGUUGCUUCCUCGCAAUUAAACCAACUGCUCCUCGAUAAUGUUUUACUCAGAUCGGAAUUUGAAAUAUUUUGGCAAAAACAGACUGAUAUGGAGAACAGGAGUUUUGCUGUUAUAUUUCUCAGUUUUGUUUUCGCUUGUUUAGCUAUUGCUAGGUUGUCUAUAGGUGUCAUGUUCAAAAUUUGUAGAUUCUAUAACUUUGAAAAGUUCCAUAAUGUAAGAUCCGGAUGGCUUGUGUUGCUGCUAAGCAGUUGCAUUAUAGCCUCCAUUUUGGUAAUACAGUAAUACAUGCAUACAA